ACAGUGCAGCGUCGUGUGGGGCUCAGACGCUCAGUCGUGGGCUCAGUGGGGCUCAGUGGGUGAUGGCUGGGUGACGGCUGGGUGAUGGCUCAGUCGUGGGCUCAAUGGGACGCACUCACUCUACCCUCCCGACGGUGCAGGAACGUGACGGCAACUCCGCAACCAACAUCCGGCACGCGCUGGUGGAGAUGCUGCUGGGGCACAAGCGGCCUGCAUCGCUGCAGACUGGCGGCGGCAGCGGCGGCGGCAGCGGUGGCGGCGGCGGCGGCGGCGGCAGCAGCAACGGGGGCGCGUGCGCGCAUCUUGGUAGCGGAGGGGGCGGGAAAGGCCACGUGGAGGAGGAGAGCGCAGCGCCGCCCAAGAAGGGGCGCAAGCGCGCAGGCUGAGGAGCCGGCUGGUGUCUAGGUAGCGGUCCGCGGUGGGGCUGGCAGGGCAUGCGGCAUGACAAGUAGUGCGGCUGUUGACAACUGUGCUGCGUCUGGCUGCGGUUGGCUCUGCCGUGGCAUCACGAUUGCUAGGCACCUGGUUUGGCUAUGUGCCUGUUGAAACACCUACC